GGAGGCGGAGUCCAUCCUGCCUGGCAGCCCCCGCCCCAGGCCUUGGGGAAGGGGCAACCGACAGCCCGAGAGGCAGUUACUGACCCAGCAGGGAGCUGCCGCCUGCAGCGCCCCACACUAGCAGAGGGGAAACGCCCAAAGCACAAAGCUUCUCUACAGUCGCUUUUAAAAUGAUGGAGCAGUGAGGUUUCUCCGUCAGUCACAUAACUUGUGUAUUCAGCACCAUGCCAUUAAGACCAGUUGUGGGUCUACAUUUUGUCUGGCUCUGUACUGCACAAGAGCAGUGAUUAAAGCAGGGAGACUCGGAGUCUGGACUCCUGGGUUUUUUAUUCUUGGCUCCAUUGCCUGACAUGAGAACAUAAGAGCGGCCAGAUUGGAUCAGACCAAAGGUCCAUCCAGCCCAGUGUCCUGUCUUCCAACAGUGGCCAAUGCCAGGUGCCCCAGAGGGAAGGAACAGAACAGGAUGAAAGUUUGGCAUUUCCUGGUUGCCUUCAAGAACAAGAGUAGGAGACGUGUCAGGCUGUAAUAAGUCCUGAGAUAUUGCUGCACCGGUCACACUUAAGGGACCCGGGGAAAUUGGGCAUGGAGGCGGAGGAGAAUGAAGUGGAGAGCAGCAGCGAUGCGGCCCCUCAUCUGGCACAGGAAGAACCUUCAGAGAGCGGGCUUGGUGUCGAGACCUCAGAGGCCAUGUCCGCGGACAGCAGCGAUGCUGCUUCAGUGCCCAUCCUCUCAGAAGCAGAUGAGUCUGGUGUGGGGCAGAGCUCAGACAGCAGUGGGGUCUCUCUGGAGGAAGUGUCGGAGAGCAGCUCCAGCACAGAUGCUAUUCCUAGGGUCUACCUGCCAGACUCUUCCUCUAUCGCCCAGUCUACCCUGGUCUCCAGCGUCUCCACAGUGAGCCAGUCCAUUAUGGUAUCGGAAUCCCCACAGGUCCUGGUUCACUCCAGCGUCAUCACCGAUGGGGCCACAAUGGUAUCGGACUCCACUGCAUCCACCUCCUCGGACCUGGGCUCUGCCAUAGACAAAAUCAUUGAGUCCACAAUUGGGCCUGACAUCAUCCAGAGCUGCAUCGCCGUGACAAGCGCUGAAGAUAGCGGUGCCCAGACUACCCAGUAUCUCAUUCUGCAGGGGCCUGAUGAUGGUGCCCCCAUGGUGUCCCAGAUGGCCACUUCUGCUCUGGCCAACAGUUUGGCAAUAGAAGCCAUAGCCGAUGGACCCACCUCCACGUGCCUAGACCAGCCUGGCCCUUCAGACCCUUCCGAGCAGUCUGAAAUACUGGAGCUGCCCACACAGCCGGAUCAGGCCAGAGAGGCAGAUGCUGGGGAGGAGCCAGACCAGCCAGACCUGGAGAGCUUGGAGGAGAUGAUGGAGGUGGUGGUGGUACAACAGUUCAGGUGCAAGAUGUGUCAGUACAAGAGCAUCUCCAAGAAAACUCUCAUCAACCACAUGAAGGAGCGGCACUUCCAGCCAGUGGCUGCUGCUCUGGCCUUGAAGAAGGGGCGUCCGCGGAAGGGGGGACCCUCCCCAAAGCCCCUGGAGGAAGACGUGCCGGAGGAGGAAGAGGAGGAUGAUAUCAUGGAUGCUGGAGCCAUUGACGACCCUGAAGAGGACAGUGACUAUAACCCAGCCGAGGAUGAGCCUCGUGGGCGGCAGCCUAAGUACAGCCGCAUUGUCCCCACGUCGAGUGAGGAGAGGCCACGCCGGCGGCCGGGGAGACCCCGCAAGUUCCCUCGCCUAGAGGACAUGCCGCAGCCUGAAGGUGGUGAGGAGGAGCCCUUAGUCAAGUCCCAGAGCACUCUGAGCAGCGAGCUGCAGAACUCCGAGGCAGCCAGCUCCUCCGUCCUGGAGAACGGGGCCAGCGACAGCCUCGUGGAGCCUAGCAUCAGCCAGUCGGACUCGGAGAACAAGGAUCCAUCCUCCAACACAGGCCCUGAGGAGGUGGAGACCAUGCCCAGGAGGCGAGGCCGGCCCUCCCGCCGCUUCCUGGGCAAGAAAUACCGCAAGUACAUCGGGCGCAGGUACUACUACAAGUCCCCCAAGCCUCUGAUGAGGCCCUACCUGUGUCGAAUCUGCGGCUCACGCUUCCUCACGCACGAUGACCUGCGCUUUCACGUCAACUCGCACGAGGCCAAUGACCCUCAGCUCUUCAAGUGUCUGCAGUGCAGCUACCGCUCCCGCCGCUGGUCCUCCCUUAAAGAACACAUGUUUAACCACGUGGGCAGCAAGCCAUACAAGUGUGAGGAGUGUGACUACACAAGCGUGUACAAGAAGGAUGUCAUCCGCCACUCAACUGUGCACAGCCGGGACCGGAAGAAGAGAGCCGACCCGCCCCCAAAGCUGAAUUCGUUCCCCUGCCCGGUGUGUAGCCGAGUCUACCCCAUGCAGAAGAGGCUGACCCAGCACAUGAAGACUCACAGCACGGAGAAGCCACACAUGUGUGACAAGUGUGGGAAGUCCUUCAAGAAGCGCUACACCUUUAAGAUGCAUCUGCUGACGCACAUCCAGGCCAUUGCUAACCGCAGGUUCAAGUGUGAGUUCUGUGACUAUGUCUGCGAGGAUAAAAAGCUCCUGCUGAACCACCAGCUGUCACACAUGAACGACAAGCCAUACAAGUGUAGCUUCUGCAAGUACUCCACCUUCCGUGAGGACUUCCUGGUGUCCCACAUGGCCGUCAAGCACACGGGGGGGAAGCCGUUUGCCUGCGAGUACUGUCACUUCACCACCAAGCACAAGAAGAACCUGCGUCUCCACGUGCAGUGCCGCCACGCUGACUGCUUUGAGGAGUGGGCCCAGCGGCACCCCGAGGAGCCCCCCUGCCGGCGCCGCCCCUUCUUUACCCUGCAGCAGAUCGAGGAACUGAAGCAGCAGCACAGCCAGGUGCAGACUCCCACAGAACCCGCAGCCAGCCCACCGGUUUCUCUUGGCCCUGUGACCUACCACACAGUGCAGCCCCUCCCGACGGUGGAACCCUCCAUCCUUUCCCAGGAUUCCUUGGGGGGAACCACCAUCAUUUAUGAGCAAGGUGUGGAGGGAUCAGCAGAGUUGGCCACGCAGACGGCGCUGGAUCUCCUGUUGAACAUGAGCAGCCAGCGGGAGCUGGCCACAGGCUCCCUGCAGGUGGCCGUGGUGAAGUCCGAUGGCUCUGGAGUGGCGCAGGCCCCUGAAGCCCAAUCACAGCAGGAGGAGGAGGCAGAUCUGGAUUCCACCGGGCAGCAGCAGAAGGUGGUGACGCUGCAUGUGGCUGAGCACGGAGAGGCCUUAGUGCAGGAGGCCUAUGAGGAGGCGACCCUGGGGAGCUCUGAGCUGCAGCAGAUCACCAUUCCUUUCGGGAGCACAGCGGAGUACAGCAUCAUCACGCCCGUCAGCGAGGAGAUCCAGGCCCCAGAGACUCUCUACAGCGAGGAGGAGAGCGCGACAGAGCCCACCCAUACAGUCGUGGUGAGCGACGCCAUGAUGAACGAAGCGCUGAAAGAGCACAGCGGUCACUACAUCAUGUCGGCCAGUUUCCCAGGGAGCCAGCUCCAUCACGUCGAGGGUCUUCUCUCCCAGCAGCUCAGCGGGGACCCUGCCCUCUCACCAGGGGAAGGCCAGGAGGCCCAGGCCUCUGGCGGCAAGUGGCCGAUGCUGCAGUGCCUGGCCAGGCAGCUCCGAAAGAACUCUGCCUUCUCCCCAGCACCAGAAGGGCAGGCAAUCCCGUCCACAAAGGUCAAAUGGCCCGCGCUGCAGGGUGUGGCCAAGAAGCUGUCGUGCAAGAUUUCUACAACUAAGAAGCUGUCGUGCAAGAUUUCCACAACUAAGAAAUUCUCGUGCAAGAUUUGCACGGCCAUGUUCACAGGGAGAGCAGAGAUGGAGAGUCACAAGAGGGCACACGUAGGGCCCAACACCUUCAAGUGUCCAGACUGCCCGUUCACAGCAGCUGUGUGGCUGGAGGUCCGGAGUCACAUGGCACAGCACGCCAACCUCCGACCCCACAAGUGCUCCCACUGCAGCUUUGCCUCCAAGAACAAGAAGGACCUGCGCAGACACAUGCUGACGCACACCAAUGAGAAGCCUUUUGCCUGCCAGAUCUGCGGGCAGAGAUUUAACCGGAACGGGCAUCUCAAGUUCCACAUGCAGCGUCUGCACUGCGCUGAGGGGAAGCGGCUGGGGCAGCCGGCAGCCACCACCCAGCAGACCAUCAUCCUGAACAGCGAUGAGGAAGCGCUAGCCACGCUGCAGACGGCUUUGCAGUCUGGCCAGGCAGUGCUGGCUCCUGAACGGCUGCAGCAGGCUCUGGGGCAGGAGCACAUCAUUGUAGCACAGGAGCAGAGCAUCACAAGCCAGGAGGAGGCCACGUACAUCCAGGAGAUCACAACGGCGGAUGGGCAGACGGUGCAGCACUUGGUGACCGCCGAUAACCAGGUUCAGUACAUCAUUGCCCAGGAUGGCGUGCAGCACCUGCUCCCCCACGAGUACGUUGUUGUCCCCGAGGGGCAUCACAUCCAGGUACAAGACGGCCAGAUCACCCACAUCCAGUAUGAACAGGGCAGCCAGUUCCUCCAGGAGCCCCAGCAGAUCCAGUACAUGCCGGUGUCCCCAGAGCAGCAGCUGGUUACCCAGGCUCAGCUGGAAGCCGUGGCGCACUCGGCAGUGACAGCAGUGGCCGAUGCUGCCAUGGCCCAAGCCCAGGGCGUGUUCACCACGGAGGCAACGGCUGAGCAGAUCCAGCAGCUGCAGCAGGGAAUCCAUUAUGAUGUCAUCACGCUGGCGGAUUAAGGGCUGAGCAGAUGCCGUGGGCCAGCCCUCCACUAGCCCGGCCGAAAGGGGCUCCAGGGGCCAAGUCUGAGCACCCUCUGGCUGGGGUUUGCUAUUGACUUGCCGUGUGCAGCCGGAGCGCCGGGUCCUGCCCCUCUGCAGCGGCUGCUGCCUCCUACGCAAGGGCUGCUCCCCUGGCAGGCAUGUGGCUGAGGGGCUGGGUCGGUGGCGGCAGGGCCCUGCCUGGGGCUGGUCUCUGGCGCACCUGACAGUCCCGGCUCCUUUUUCCUGCGUCGUGUCCUCGAGUUGCGCCUGCCUGCCAUACAAGGUCCUGGCGUGAGAUGGACGCUGACCCCAGCCGUGUCGUGAAAAGGCUGGGCAAGGCCUCCUGCUGUCCAGUUGUAGCAGCCAUGCUGCCUGCCCUUGGUGUAGGGCUCACGAGCCCGGCCCUCAGAGUGCCUCCCCCUUCGGCUUUCCUGGCCUGCAGGCAGGCAUUUCUCAGACUCGGCAUGGGGAGAGCAGAACGACCUGGAGAGGGAACCACAACGGAAGAGGCAAUAGCUGAGAUGUUCUAUUUUUCUUCCAAACAGAGAUGGACUCUGCUGGAGAGAACUGGUUUGUACAGGGUGGGGAAGGGGGAUCACUGCAAACCAUCUGAAGCUUUGAAUCUGCUUAUGAAUAAAAAGGCAUUGGAGGCGA